AUGAAGCAUUUAAUACAUGACGUAGAUGAAGACAUGAAUGAAAGCAGUGAAAAGCUCAACAGUUCUCUUAUUCUUCCUUUCAGCAAAGAUUAUGAGUUCUGUUCAAAUGGUGUGUAUUUCUAUUGUGGAAAGAUGGGUUCAGGUAAGACAUUUAACCUCAUUCGUCAUAUACUCAUAACAGAACGUUUAGGAAAUGACUCAUAUUAUGACCAAAUCAUUAUAUCAGCAACUUCAGACUCUAUGGACUCAACAGCGAAAACAUUUAUGUCAAAAGUUCAAGCCUCUGUCGUUAAAGUUCCAGACAGUGAACUCAUUGAAUUUCUUCAACGUUACAUUCGACGUAAGAGGAAAUAUUAUGCCAUCGUUGAAUUUAUACAGUCAGGAAUGCAAAAGACUUCUGAGGAGAUGGAAAGAAUUAUUGACAAACACCACUUAC